CCCGGAAGCGCUCUGCCCGCCCGGCCCGGCGCGGCGCGGCGCGGGUAAGAUGGCCGAGUCGCCGGAGGAGGUGGCGGUGCUGGUGCAGCGGGUGGUGAAGGACAUCCGCAACGCCUUCCAGCGGAACCCGCACAUAGAUGAAAUUGGAUUAAUACCCUGCCCUGAAGCCAGGUAUAACCGGAGUCCUAUUGUCCUGGUGGAAAACAAGCUUGGUGUGGAGAGCUGGUGUGUCAAGUUUCUUUUGCCCUAUGUCCACAAUAAACUACUUCUCUACAGACAAAGAAAACAAUGGCUGAACAAAGAUGAGCUGAUAGAUAUCACGUGUACCCUGCUGCUGCUGAAUCCUGACUUCACCACUGCUUGGAAUGUGAGGAAAGAAUUAAUACUGUCUGGCACUUUAAAUCCACUUAAAGAUUUGCAUCUUGGAAAACUGGCGUUAACCAAGUUUCCAAAGAGUCCAGAAACAUGGAUUCAUAGACGGUGGGUGCUGCAACAACUAAUUCAGGAAAACUCCUUGCCCAGUCUUGUGACUAAAGGAAACUUGGGAGCAGCACCUGUGGAGAGAAUUCACCGACUAGUGCAGGAGGAAAUGUGUGUCUGCUCUGAAGCUGCUGGGAGAUAUCCAAGCAACUACAAUGCCUGGUCCCAUCGCAUCUGGGUUUUACAGCGUUUGGGAAAGCUGACUGUCAAGGUUCUCCUGGAUGAACUUUCAUCCACUAAAUACUGGGUAUCCAUGCAUGUCUCAGACCAUAGUGGAUUUCAUUACCGCCAGUUCUUACUUAAGUCCUUGAUAGGUAGAACUGUGACUGACAAUAAUGUACUGGUACAAAAUCAAAAGAUAAAUGAGCAAAGCCCUAGCCUUCAAAAUGAGAAAGAGAGUGCAGGGGCAGAAGCUGCCUGUACGGAGCAACAGAGCAUGGAUCUCCCCCGCUGCUUAGAGGAAGAGUUGGAGCUCUGCACUGAACUGAUUGAUACUUACCCAGGGCAUGAAACCUUGUGGUGUCAUAGAAGGCGUGUGUUCUACCUUCUGCACCACCUCAGCAACAAACUUCCUCUUCUGAGUGCGGUGGUACCAUCUGUGGACAGCAGUGAUGAAACUCUGAAUAAUUCUCUCCACAGUCCUGCGACAAGUCAUAUGGCACAAGCUAUGGAUGUUGAUGGUUUGAAUGAAUCCAGCAGCAAACAAGGUUAUACCCAAGAAACAAAACGCCUGAAGCGUGCUCCUAUGCAGGACUCUCUUGGUCCAGAAAUGGAAUACCAGUUCAUUGAUAAUGUAUUAUCAACUUGUAGGGAUGCAGACCAAGCCAGGUGUGCUACUGCUUAUAGAAAAUGGUUAGUUACUUUUUUAGGUCAAUGAAGAAAGGGUUUAAAGCCUCCAGGGUUCUUCUUUUAGUGCAAUAUUCUCUUUUCAGACACAAAUGCAUGUCUUGGUUGCAAGUGUUAGCUAACCAUGUGUUUCUCACUCUUUUAAUGGUCUGUCCUACAGUUCAUAUUCAGAGUAGAAGUCUAUCACUUUAUUUAUUAAGGAACUGGUAUACCUUUUUAUUAAGCAAAUGCAGUUUAAUCUUUUUAAGAAAUCACUCUGUGUCAGCUUCCUACCAUGCCAUUUUCUUCUGCAUUAAGGUGGAUGCUGGAUCAUUUGGCUAUUGGAAAAAAAAAAAAAGUCUGAAACAUUUUUGAAACAGUGUCUGGAAAAAGAAUAGGAGGAUCUGUCAGUAUCAACUAAACCUGUUUCCAGGUUGUUCCUCUUUACCAUUGUGGCAUUUUGCUAAUACCUUAUUGUAUUCAGACUAUAUUCAGUGACUGCUAUUACUUUUGUAUUAGCAACCUUUGGUAGAACACUGGACUGCAGUGUUUCUUUCUCAAGGCUCCAGUAACAGUAUUGGAGCCAUGCCUUUUCCUGUUGGAACCGGGGUUUUGUUUGCUUAUUAGUUGUCACAUGAGUUUGAUAGGAACCUGAAAAGCAGAGAUAGGAAAAUGUGACAGAAGAUAGUUCAAACACACAUUCACACUCACAGUCAGAGCUAUACUUGGAAAUACUUUUCUUAGAAGAGACAACUCUACCUUAAUUUCCUACUUGGUAUUUAUUUAUUUAUUUAUUUCAACAAUCCAGAAUUAAUGACACUUGAUACACAUUUCUGAAUGUAUCGUGUACACUACAGAAUCUCAGCCUGCUAAAACACACGUUGGUAACUUGUACUUAACCAAGACCACCAUACAAGUCCAAUAGAUGAUGGAAUAUAAAGUAAUUCUUCUGACUGGUCAUUGAGACUAUAUCAUUAAAAAAACAACCAAACAAAACAAAACAGCAGGAGGGAGCUAUCUCUUCAGUUUUGUUCUUUUUCAGAACUUCAGUCUUUGAUGUUUUUCUUUUGACUCUUUCUUAAGAGCACUUCUCCAACCAUACAUCUCUGUUUACAUAACUGUAAAAUUUAAGGGAAUUUGAAACACAUUUCGAUUUUGUUUCCAGUGAAACUAAACAUGAAUAGUUUAUAUUGUAAUUUCCUUAGAACUUGUCUAUAUAAGGGAUUUUUUUACAAUAAUGAAAUUGUACUGGUCCAAAGACCCAGGGGAGAAACACUGUACAGUGUGGAAAUUUGUACGAUGGCAACAUAACCUCUGUUUCAAACAGAUUAUUCAUUGAGGGGAUGAGAUUUUUCCAGCUAGUCUUUGCCAAAAUUGCUAUAUAUUUCUCCUGCCCAAAGUGCCUCCUGACUGUGAUAAGUUUCAAGCUGCUGUUUCUGUUGGGCAGAGAGAGCAACAAUGAGAGAAAAAAACAUGGGUACCCUGCUCAAAAGGUGUCACUGGGAAAGAAAAAAGACACUCGAGACAUGUGGAAGUCCAACAGUUCUAAUUAAUUUGGUGGUUGGGGGUUACUCUUGCAUUUCAGAAUGAAAAUAGACCACCUCUGGUCUAAGAGAGUAUGUUCAUAACUAAUUUCAGGCACAGAGUAGCUAACAGAGACAUUUCUAAAUGUACACUCUUCUGUUUACAGUACCUAGAUGAGAUUGAACUAGGCUGGAGCAACUCCAUGGCAGAGCUUUCUCUCAGUGGGCAUCCACACUUGCCUGUGUAGAUCUAUGGACGUAUUACAUGGCCAUUUAUUUUGAGGUGCUCUGGGAUGCUGUCUUGGUUGAUGGUUUUAGUUGCAGAAGAAUAUAAUCAAUGUAUGAAGGAGAUGUGGGAAAGGCUUGAGAGGAUAAUUCCGUCAGAAGAUGUUGUCUGUAGGACUGCUGACAAAUGGGUAGGUUCAUGUACAAACCUGAGUCUGAAUUUAAGAACUUAACUAGAAGAUAAACUUUUACCCGUCCCAGAGGACCUGAUGGUUUUUGAGUGUGAAAGAUAUAUUAAAGCAUGUGUAGUAGCCUGGGUCAGUUUGAUUAACAAUAUCUAACCCAUGACUAAUAUGAACCUGGGAAGUGUGAAGUCAGCUGGCAAUUACAAUACUCUUGGUCCUAGAUUACUUAGUAAUGUAGUUGUUUGUUCUGUUUAUGUUGGCAAAAAUGACCUGUUCAUAAAAAAAUAUUAGUGGCAGGAGCAGACUGGGAAGUGGGAACAUGCUAAUAAAUACUACUUUAACUGUGGAAGGGAAGAAAUGCUCUCUUCUUGCACUGGAAUGAUUGAGUUUCUUAGAGGAAAAGACUUGUAAUAGAAUCUGUCUUGAAACCCGUUAUAUAUGUCUUCCUGGCUGUAAUCUGGAGUCAUAACUGGCUUUCUUAGUGCUAUAUUGUGGAAGUACUGUGCUAUUGAAUUUGACAAUCUUUCCCUCAUAAACAAUUGAGAUCAAACAGCUGCCUUCGUAUACGUGUAUGCAGUUCCUGUUCAUGUCAGCACGAGUUAUGCAUGCUUGUAUGAAGACAAGAUUUGGUCCUAUAUAAUUGAACAGAGUUGCAUUGUAUAUUCAUACUUGGAAAAUGUUCUGAGAGCUCUGACUAGAGAUGGUGCUGAUAUUUUUGUUACUUAUACACACCACCAAUGGCUGAAAUACAACUCAUAAGUGUGGGUUUUUAAAGCCUACACCUGAUGGAAAUACUCUCCCUUUUUUUUUUUUUUAAUCCAGUGAGAAUAGUUACAUUUAGAAAUGUUUGCAGACCAGUCUCUGCCACACAGAACUAGACAAAAAAGUGAAAUUGAAACAAGUCAUAUCUUCCCCUUAGAAAGAAAUGCAAACCAUAAACUGUCAAAACAGAACUUCGAUUAUUUUCACGGUAACAAUAUAAGUUAUAUGAAAGAAGAAAAUAUAUAACUAAAUUACUUCAAGCUGUCGGUGUCCUGAAGCCUCUUACAUUAAAUGGUUGCAGACAUACUUCCAAUGAAUUGCAUUAAGCUCACAACUAUAUGAUGUUUUGGAACUAUAAUCUUUGGAACAUACCUGUGAAAUCAUUUGGUAUUACUGCUGAGUCCCAUUUGGGCACCACUUGAAAAAAAAAAAAUUGACUUCAGGCCAUUAGUAAUUGACAUGCGUAAAGGUUACCUAGUACAGCUGCUUUAAGUGAUGUGUUUCAGUAGUUUUGUGCUUCAGAGGUCAGAGAUUUGUAAUGUAGUCAAAAUUCUUGCAGAGAAGAUGUCCAACAGAAGCUGCAGAAUGCAAGGCUUUCACUAUCUGAAGUUCCUUCAGCUAUAAAAUCAAACUUUGUACAUCCGUAAACAUCUUUAUAUAAAGUUCAGCAUCCUUACUGAUUUUAUCUUCUGCUGUAGUAUGUGUCAUUUGAAUUGAUGGAAAUUCUUUUGUUCACUGGAUUAGUCUUUGUAGAAAUGUCUUUGUACUAGAAACAAAGGGUUUUGAGGAACAAAUGUGAUUUGAAACUCCAGAAACUAGAAUAGAAGGAAUCACAUUUUUAAGGGGUUGAAUUCUCUGCUGCUAAAUACAUUAACUGUUAUUUCACUGGCAUUUGGUUUAUCUUGUGUGUACAGUCACUGGAGCAAUACAUGCAGCAUUGAAGAUAGCUACAAUAACAAACAUGAAGUUACUGGAAUGCAUUGCUGUAACUGCUCUGAUUAAUAUUUGUUAAUCCACUCAUGCCUACGUAUCAGUGUUUUGUUGACUUCUUACAUGUUCUUUAUACAAUCAAAUCCUUAUGUCACUUAAAAAGGGGAAGAGUAAAUUGUCAGUUUAUACUGUUUGAUUAAUUACCUUAUACAGAAUUUGUUUUAAGACAAAUAAGCAAAGUGGCAAUAUAAUGAGAAAACUUAGAUUCUGUCUUACAAUCAAUUCCUGGCAUUUCCAGAUUUUUUAUUAGUGCUACUUAAUUAGAAUGUGUAGCUAGUCUUUAUGGACAGGAGUGAGUUUUCUCCUAAGUAGAUAAUUCAUGACUUUUCAAAACAGUACUGUAUAAUAUUGACAAACAGAAACAGAGGGUUUUGGAAAGGUUUGUCUGCAUACCCAUAGUCAUCAAGCAUACUUUUUCAGAGUAACAAAUGACUCUCGUAGUCACAUUUUGUUCAUUGUAUUAUAUAAAGUGGUGAGUCUUCAGACUUGAUGAUUGAAUUUUUGGACAAGGUUGAUUGCUUAGUUUUGUUUUGCCUUCUGGAAGGGAAGAAUGUUCUUCAGUUUUUCAGUAGGAAGUGAAUUGUUGCAGUGUGGGGAAGAAGACCCAGAACUACUUAGUUGUAUCUUGUAGAGCAAUUUUGGAAAAAGCAGCAGUGAAGUGAAAUGUAGAUGUGACUUUUAAAUGCAUGUUUGUCCUGUAGUCAUUUGGUGAUGAGAGGUCUUUACAAUUAUUUCUUACUGUUUUAUUAAUGUCAGGUAUAAGAAAAGAGGGUAACUCACCUAUUCUUAGAUGCACUUAACAUUCAGGUUAGUUUCAAAGCAAGUUCAGUGUCCCUGUCUAAGAUUAUUUUCCUUCUUUUUAUUUUCCCCCAUGUGCUCAGAGGUGUUUCCUUCCCAACACAUUGUCUGUUCUUCCAACCAGCAAAGAAGAAUGUAGCAAAGCGUUGGUGAGGUGGCCUCAUUCCGUGUUUAGAUAACUCUGACUACCUCCCAAAAAGCGCUCUGAUUGAUGUCCUUGAGUGGAAUUCAUCAGGCUCAAUUUUUUCAGAACCUCAUGCUAGGUCUACAUCCUCUUUGAGAGGUGCAAAGCACGAGCUUUAGCUAUGAAGCCAUCUAGUUUCCCCAGGAGAGUUUGAAGGAGAAAGGAGAAAAAAUAAAUCUUGUGGUUAAAGUUGGGAAAACUAGAUUUAGCAUAAACUUUCAUUAGUCUUUUCCUCUGAAGGAGCAAUGUGCUGCUGCAAAAUGGAGGAAAUGUGCUUCCAAGAAAUUCCUUUGAAAUAGUUUAUGCUUUUAAAUUACAGAACUGACAGUUUCUAGUGGCUUUUACUUAGUGUGUAAUGUUACUUCUCAGGGCAUAGUCUAUUGUAGUGAAUUAGCAUACAUUUUUACAGUUUAUAGUUAUUGAUGGAAAAAUAAAAAAAAACAACCAAACAAACAUAAAUACUAAACAGGUAAUAACUGGCUUUUUUUUUUUUUUGUCUAGCAUAGUGUUUUAUAUCUACCCACAAGCUAAUGCUGUACCUAAUGAUUCACACUAGACCUAACCAUCUCAUCUGCAUCAUGUUGUUCUUCUGUAUAUUAAAUUUCUAUUGCAGUCUUGCAGGAAGCUGCUGACAGUUGCUGGGUUUCUUCUCUGAGUUCCUUAGUACUACUCAGUAGGAUAUUCAGUAUGUCACAAAGACAUAUGUUGUUAAUGAUGGGGAAGCUUUUUACAGUAUCUGUGUUGACGCACUGUGUACCUUAGUUUUUUAAAAGAGGAACACUUUUGUUGGGAGUCUGAAUACUAGAAUUGCAAAAGCUUUUAGUUCUUGAUAGCUGGUAGACACCUGUGUACAGUACAACUAUUCUGAAGAGCAGAACCCUUAACUGAAGUCUAGUUUAUUAAGCAUCUUUAUCUGUACCAUCUAGAACCUGCUGUUAAUCCUACUGUAUAGAUGGAGGUGGAAAGAACCCACAGUGAGGUGCGUGUUUUCUUCAUGGGACACUUUUCUAAACAGAAUAUGACUAUGGUGAAACAAAGAACUUUUCUUGCAUGAGGUAUUCUUGUAUGUUCAUUGUGAAUAAAUUUAUUAAAUUGGUACCUCAUUAAUACGAUAAGAUUUCCUGAAUGGCUGUGUAGAACAAGUAGAUAAAUGUUUUUUUUUUUUUUUUAAAUGAAUAUUACCGUUUACUGAAAAAUCACAUAAAAGAUACACAAGGUACCAGAACCUGUUUUUGCAAGAUACAAUAUAUUUAUACCUACUGUGUUCAGUCCCUUUUGUUUCAGUUUUUCUUUUUUGAAAUGGCUCCAUUUAAAACUGAGUCGUCGUCUUGAAAAGUGUGCUUGAGAAUGUCAUCUUUAAUUUCAUGUAAUAGAAAUAGUAGAUGUCUUAAAUGUUUUUAAGUAGUGCUAAGAUCCAAGGUAGUGACAGCACUACAGUAUUCAAGUGAGCCCCAUAACACUAAUUUUGUCCGUCGAAGUACUAUUCUAUGGAGGAAAAAUGUUUAUUUUAUCAACAUACAUGAAGAAAAUAUUUAAUUUUCACAGCUUUCAUAUUAGGGGGAAAUACAGUUGUCUUCAUCAUAUUUUUGCAAUUUUUUUUUCUAUGAAAAAUUCACAGAUACACAGUUGUGACUAUUGUAAAUUUUACAUAGAUUUCCAAUACAGAUAAAUUAGAUAAAUGGUAAAUUUUGCAGCAGAAAGACUAAAAUGAGGAUAGGACAGUAAGACACUGGAAACUAAUCUGAUAAAUUACCAGUGUUCUACAGGAUAGUGAAUGUAAAGCAUUAGGUUUAGUUUUUCACUGGUCUAGGAUGAAUUCCUUUCAGAGGGAGAUUGGUUUCUUUCUGUCAUCAGUAGAGAGCUUAUCUGUGAAAAUUAUCUAUAUGUUCCCACAAUAAGUGUGCGUGUAUGCGUAGAUGGAUGGCAGAACUGUAUUUAUGUCCUGCGAAAAAGGCAAAAAUCUCCCACGUAUGGCGAUUUUUUAUAACACUGGUGGUCUGUGAACAGAACUCUUACGUGGAAGACCUAUCCUAAAUAUGAAUCUAUGGGGAUCAUUGCCUGUGUCAGGGCUUUUGCUGAAGGCAGUGAGAUCUCUUGCUUCCCCUCUCUGGAUUAGUCUGCCUUGCUUUCGUGAUGCUUGGGCAAACAUGUGCAUACACAAACCAAAUCAUUAGUGGAGUUUAUUCCAAGUGCUUGUAGGGACUGUUUGAGAUGGUGAAAGAGUUUGUAAGGUCAUGCAAGCUGGGAGAACUGGGAAGUGCUCUACCGGUGUCCUACCUGGGGGUUAUCUUUCAGGAGUCCUCCAGGAAAGAACAGAUAGGCAUAUUAUGGAUGAAGUGCUUUAGCAGCACAGCAGACUGGGAAAAGUAUGUCAGACACAAACUAGCAACUGAAAUUGGUGUUUGAAUGUGAGCAACAAGUAGUCUUUUUGGUAAUUUAUUUUCAAUGUUUUUCUCGUGUUCCUUAUAUAAAAACAAAUCACAUUAAAAACAUAUUUUCAGACUUACUCAUAAUUUUGAAUGCUUUCUGAUUUUCAGUUAUUGGAUUUGAGAGCUCUCCUUAAAGGGCUCGAUUUUACUGAAAAAAUGCUAGCAUCAUUCCUCUUUCUUCCUAGACAAUGUGAUUAAUUCCAGAUGUUCUCAAAUGGGUAUCUGAAAUCACAGGGCAUUACUGAAAAUAGUGUUUUUCAUCUUAAAUGUAAAGCUUAAAAAGCAAGGACAUGUUCUGCUCAUACAGGUGUGGGUUUUUUUCAUUUUCCCUUACUCGCUGCUAGGACAGAAGGUAGGAAGAAUAUAUGAGGAGGUCCUGAGUCGAUAUUUACAAUCUUGGUUUACGUAAUUUGGAGGUUCAUUAAAUCAGAAAGCUUAGUAUGAGCAAGUAAUAAACCCUCCAGGGUCCUUGUGCGGAAAUAAUUUGCAGGAUCUGGUCAUUAGUUCAUUUCAGAUCUGAGUGCUUGAUUUUUACAUCUGUUAAAAUGAGUGACAGAUUCCCACUGACUUCACUGACGUAGGGUCAGAUGACGCUGCAGAGGAUAUCGGCCACUACAUGGCAGCUCCGACAUAUUUCGUGUGGUGGGUUUUUAAGUCUCUGUCUUUCGCAAAUGGUCGUAUUUAUGGCUUCAAGGAAAAAGGGCAGUUAAGGUAGUGGAUAUUCAUUAGCACUGUGGUUGAGGAGAAUCUGUUAAGGUUGUGGGAUUUUAUAGGUGUAAACGGGCAUCUAGAGAGAAAUAUGGGCACUACAGGGUAUCAAUAGCUAAGAAAGCUUCCUUUUCGCUUCCUUUCAUACCACAUUCACUUUUUUCUUGUUUUUUUCCUCUUUCGUAGUGGAAAAAAGUUUCAUACAAUAUACCUGUGUGCAACCAGGUUAACACAUUAGUUUGAGAAGUAUUGCAUAUCGAUAGCAUAUAGAUCAACGCCUUGAGUUUUAUGCAAGAUAUUUAGGCACAAAUGGUAAGCUUUUAAGUGCCAUGUGAUAACCGAUGCAAUAUUGAAGGGAGAAAGUCUUAACAAACAGUUAAUGGCUUAAGUGUCGCUGUUCUCCAAGUGUGCUAUAUACAUUUAUGGUGCAACAAUAACCUGCACGUUUGUCUCCCUGUCGUCUCACAAAUGCUUAUAACUAGGUAACAGCUAAUUUCCUUUUUAAAAAGCAUCUACUUAAUGUUGAUUUGAUAACAACAAAUAAUUGUAGAACAUCUCUAGUAGUAGAUAAUUUUCCCAGACCUUUAAUCCAUCUUCAGUGGAACCUAGCCAAGUAUAGAUAUUCAUGGUUAUAAAUCUAGUUUUGCUGUGAAGGGAAGUUGAAAUUCCACCAUGUAAAACACUCAGUUUUCUGUUGUCUAGUUAGAAACGUAGGAGGACAUCCUAGCACUGCUUUCCAGUUGUGCACACUGAGUUUUACCUUGUUCAUCUCAAAUAUUUUAUGUUGCAUGUUAAUUAAAUUUUUACAUGUCCUAGUAAUACAAGAGGAAAAAAAAAAAAUAACCACCCCUACAGUCCUAACUAUUCUAUGCAGAUGUCUUCCAAAAUUUACAGGUACAAUUUUAGUGGUGGUGGUGGUUGGUAAAUAGAUUCUUUUUUUUUUUUUUUCCACUUAUCAGCAGAAUUGGUUUUAUAUGUAUUAGUGACAGAAUGAACUAAGCACAGCUGUACGUUACUGUAUUUCUGUAGAAAAUGGAAAAUAGUGUAAAAUCCUUUUUGUUAAAUGUUGGCAGUUUUUAAAUAAACUUUUAAUCUCCUAAAAAAAACUGUUUUCUGUGACAACAUAUUUACCUUGGACUCCAUUUUCAUUGUUUACCAACAGAUAUCUUCCCAAUUAUUGCUAGUCUCUUUUCAGUGAUAAGCCUCUCUUAACAGGAACUGCAGCUUCUCUAGUGAAUUUAGGUGAUGGUAGCAGACUUAUUUUUGGUCUAUUUAAACAUCAACAGUUAAGAGUUUUUCAUAUGCAUUCCUACAUCUUUUGUUCAAACUUAGUUUAUGAAAGCAUGGAGAUGAACAGCAGCUCUUCCAAGUAUGAAAUUUCUUUCUGGCAACAGACAGCUGGCUGUACUGUCUAGAGUUGCAAAACUUGGGACAGCUGAAGGAUGCUCAUGCUUCUGUAACUUCUUUAAGUUUCAGCAUGUUGUUCAGUGAUGUGCUUGCCUUUUUUAAAAUCUGAAAUCAACUAGAAUAGUUUAUGCCAGUCUUUCCAGGGUUCAUACAAUUUCUGUGCUGUUACAGUUGAAGGGAAAACAUUUCACAGAUCUUAAAAGCAGGUAACUGCCCUCUUACAUUCAAAAAAUACACUUUAUUUGAUUCAUAUUAAAGAGGGAUAUAAUCUAGAAGCAUGGUACUUUGAUCCCAGUUGAUUGCCUUUAGAACAUAAAUUUUGCUGUAUAAAUUUUAUGAGACUACCUGAAGAAAUAAUGGUGACCUCUGGUGACCGGUAAUCUGAACUGGAUGAAAAGAUGCUUGAGGUAUGCUCAUAGUUUUUGUAAACUUUCUAAUUAGGCGAAUGCAUAUGCAUUAACACCUGGAUCCACAGUGCCAAGGUUUUAUAUGUGCAGUUAAGCUCCUCAAAUAGCAUUCUACUUCAUGUAUAGUUUUGUGCUUUCAUUUAUACAAAAUUGGUAAUUGUUUAUCAAAACUGACUCACAUGUUAAGAUGUCUUUCACAGACUUGAGUUAACGCUGCAGUAAAUUUGCUUCCAGUCCUUGUAUAUCGGGGCAUUUAAUAUCUCUCUAAAGAGAUUUCAUUCCAGGCUGUUAUCCAAAUAAAUCUGAGGUUCAUACAAUUUAAAUAAAUGUUUUAAAAUGUAUUAAAUUAAUAAAUAUUGAUAUAAAAGAAUAUUGAGUUAUUAACAGAAUAUGUGGUUGGGCUUGGGUUUUUUUUAUCUAAACAAUGGCUACAUUAGGAUAUUUCAGUGUAACAGCAUAUGUAAAAAUUCUUCAGAUAAACUUAGACAUUUGUGUGUAUUAGAUAUUUUACAGUGCACAACUGGAAUCGUAGGUCCAAUAAUUCUCAAAUUUACUUAAAUGUUUCUUGGAUUUUCUUGUCAUCCUGAUAUCUUGUUCAUCAGAUACACAUGCAAAAUAAUGGGCUAACAACACGUAUGAAAAGAAAUGAAAAACGUGGUGUGUCAUUGUCUUCCACUUGCACUUUGUAAUAUUUAUUUGUUCUCUGAUAUAGGGCUUCAAAUCUUCCACUGUUGUCCAGUUCCAAUAAAUGUAAAUGUUCCCCAGCUGCUAAUAA